AUGUAUUGGUCUGCGAUGAAGAGAAAGAUCGUAUGUCUUCCUCAAAAAGUUUAUGUGAGUGAAAUUCUUCUCUUGAUUAUUUCGAUAAUUUUAGAGAUAACGUCUUCUUCGUUCCUGUAUACCGCAAAGAAGAAUUGCAGGGGACAGUGUGUUCUGUUCGCGAAGUUGUACGAGAGAGCUCGAAUUCUCCAAGGUUCAUCUCCCAGUUGGUGCUAUUUGCCAAUGGUUUUCAACUUAGCUGCUACCACAACUUCAGUCUUUGUGCUCAAAUUAAUAAUAAAAGGAAGAAGGUCACGCAGCAGUGAUUUGAGAGUUCUUGGUCUAGGGUCACUUUCUGCAUUUCUUGUUUUUCUAUCAUCUUGGAUUAUUUCUUCUGGAUUUCGUGAAUUUUGCAAGUCAUUCGUCAUUAAUAAAUGCAUUCAUGCACAUAUAAAGGCAAUGGAUUGGAAAAAUUUCACCCCUAAGUACACUGAUGGUGGCGAUUUAUAUUUCACCUUACAAUUAGCAGAGGCAUCUGGCUGGUCUGCCUGUCUACUCCUAUGUGUUUUUUGUGUGACUUGUGCUCGAAAAUUGUUCGCAGGACUCCACACAACUAAAAACUUAAAUUUUUAUGAUGAAUAGUCUUUUACAAAGGAGUAUAUCUCAAAAUGAAAAACUCAAGCUAAAACUUCAGAAUGUUGUACAUGUAUCUCCUUUGAUAAAUGGUAAAAAUUGUAGACACCAUAGCAACAUGUCUUAUUUCCUAUAUUAGGUUAAUAGAAGGUAGAUUAUGGUCCAUUGCACCCCUGAACAGUUUCAUUGUUUAUUGUUUUUUUUUUUUAUUUUUGAAGGCUCUUCAAGAAUAAAAAAAAAUGUGAUAGUGGAUUUAAAAGAAAUCUUUAUCUAAUAUAUAACAUAAUUUAUUUCUUCAAAAGGUCUAGGUAGCAGCAGAAAUGUAUCAAAUUUAAGAAAAUAUACUACUUCUUUUAAAAAUCAAUUUUGAUCUUAUUUUGAUUGUGUCUAAAUAUGUUUUUAAAAAAUGUUGUAUAUUUUCUUAAAGAAAGAAGAGAGAAAGUCAUGGUUACUAGCUAGCUAGUCUAGGCUGAUUUAACUCCCAAGGUCUCAUUAGUAAUUCUCCUCACUGUCGCUUAAAGUUCUUGUGAUGUUAGUUUGGAGAAUUUGGUAUUGGAUCAAUUUAUAAUUCCCUAAUUGA